AUGAGUGCAGUCAUCUUCUUGAAGUCUGUUCUAUUUGCAACUGCAAUGAGACAGAAGAAAAAAAGAAUAACGCAAUCAAAAUCACAAAAUACGGAGAAAUGCCGGAUUUGUAACAAAAACACAGGUGAAAUUAAAAUUUUUGACAAAAAGAACCACAUUAAUAUACAGGAGGAAAUAAACAAAAUCUCUGGAGUCAUUAUCAACAUAUAUGAUAAAUAUUCAAAAUAUAUUUGUCCAAGCUGUUUAGAGUUACUACAGCGUUGUAUUAUAUUUCGUGAGAUGUGCCAAGCCAACAAUAAACAUUCCCUGAAGGAUGUAUUAGUUAAAAAAGAGUAUGUUUGUCCUGUUCAAGAAAAAGGGAAACAACCCAUAGAAAAAGUGAACUGUUAUGAUAUUCCAUCACCAAAUUAUUCAGAUGACAAUUUGGACAACUGGGUCUGUUCCAAAUGUAAUAAAGAUUUUUUGGACCAGGCUUUGUUAAAUAUACAUGACUGUACUUCAUUAAAUUCAGAACCGCUGAAACUCGAGAGGAACAGCAUUUUUUUAUGUGAUAUCUGUGGCAAAACUGCUAAGUCCAAAGCAAGUCUUUUAGUCCAUAUGACUACACAUGAAAACAUAUUUCCAUUUAAAUGUGAUGCAUGCCCUUACAAAGGAAGAACUAUGGAUUUACUACGAGUACACAGAAGAACACAUUUAACAGAUAAACCAUAUAAAUGUCCACAGUGUCCAAAGACUACAACAACAGCGAGUAAUUUAAGCAGGCAUAUAAACCGUAUCCACACAAAAACCCGCCCCCACAAGUGUACAUACUGUGAAAAAGCAUUCCCCAGUAAGACUUGUGUUAAUAAACACAUUGAAGAAAUUCAUUUGAGGCAAGCAACUGUUGAAUGUGAGAUAUGUAAUAAGAAAUUUAAUACCAAGAAAAUAUUACAACGGCAUCGAAGAAAAAUACACAAAAUAAAAGAUGUAAGACACGGCCGAUUACCUGCUUACUUGCAGUGUCAAACUGAAGUGACAAGAGAACCAUAUAAUACUACAUAG